AUGGCCGACGUCUUCUAGGACCUGUCAUGUACCCGCUCCAGCUCCCUCCCCAAAGGUCAGCAGUCUCUGGUCAUCUGCUGUACUGUCAGCAGUCUCUUGGUCAUCCCUGUACUGUCUGCAGUCUCUGGUCAUCUCCUGUACUGUGUCCGCAGUCUCUGGUCAUCUCCUGUACUAUGUCCGCAGUCUCUGGUCAUCUCCUGUACUAUGUCCGCAGUCUCUGGUCAUCUCCUGUACUAUGUCCGCAGUCUCUGGUCAUCCCCUGUACUGUGUCCGCAGUCUCUGGUCAUCUCCUGUACUGUGUCUGCAGUCUCUGGUCAUCUCCUGUACUGUGUCCGCAGUCUCUGGUCAUCUCCUGUACUGUGUCCGCAGUCUCUGGUCAUCUCCUGUACUGUGUCCGCAGUCUCUGGUCAUCUCCU